AUGCGCACUGCGUUGCUGCUCACGUCUUUGCUGCCCCUCGGGUCUGCGGUGCCCGCUGGCUGGAUGUCCAACUCGCUCGAGGAGGUGAGCGACGACGGCGCAGCUUCCGCUGGGAAUGGCCUCGGCGGGACUCCUCCGGCUGGAGCACAGGGUUCUCAGGGUGCAGGCAAUCUGCAAACCACAGGCCCCCUGGCCGGCAACAGUGUCGAGGAAGGCGCUUCGUCCGGCUCGCAGACGUCGGGCACGGGCACUCAGUCUCCGAGCAAUGGCAGCGAAACCACCCCAGGCGGCUCGGGCGACGGGUCGGACAGCAACUACAUCGAGGUGACCCUCAAGCUGCACAACGACAAGCGAGCCAUGCACGGGGCCGCUCCGCUGGAGUGGGACGACAAGCUCGCCGACAUGGCGCGCGCACACAAGUAUAGAUGUAAGAUGGAGCACGACGCACAGGAGCGGGGAGUGGGCCAGAACCUCUACAUGUCAAGUUACUCCGGUGGUGAGGCCGCACAGACGGAGGGGGCCAUGAAGGCGUGGUACGACGAGGAAGAGCCGCUGUACAACUACGGCGGCGGCGGCUUUUCCAUGGCCACGGGACACUUCACCCAGGUUGUCUGGAAGGCCACCACGAAGGUCGGUUGCGCCAUGUACGGUGGUUGCCCUCGCGGCGGGAAGAUGACUGUGUGCAACUACAGCCCGGCCGGCAAUAUGCCUGGUGAAUUUCAGGCCAACGUGGUGCCCCCCAACUCCGGCACAGAGUCCAACGAGAUUCCCGGCUCGGGGACAGGGACCGGCUCCGGCACCGGGACGAACGGGACUUCCGGCACGGGUACGCAGACCGGCUCCGGCACUGAGACGAACGGGACUUCCGGCACGGGUACGCAGACCGGCUCCGGCACUGAGACGAACGAGACCUCCGGCACCGGGACACAGACCGGCUCCGGCACAGAGUCCAACGAGGUUCCCGGUUCAGACACUCAAUCCGGCGCCGGCACGCAGUCCAACCAGAUCCCCGGCGGUGACACACAGUCACCCGAGGUUCCCGAUGCGUCGGACCCCAGCGCUGGAAACGAGACCCAAGAUGCCGGCACGCAGACUCCCACGCGCCGCCCCUGCAAGAACGCCAGCGCGUCUCACACCGCCGCACCCGAGCAGCCCUUGGCCCCGAAUCCCGCCCCAGAGGGACAGCCCAUCGAGAUGCCCCUCCCCGGAGACGAGCCCGGAGGCAGCGGGUCGUCUGUGCCGCCGCAGCAACUGCCCGAGGGGGCUGGCGGUGAUCUGGGAGGCACGGACCCGAUGGGCUCUGCGCCGCCUAUGGAGGCUCCUCAAGGGGGUCCUCAGGGACAGCCGGGCCCCAUGGGACCCGCGGGCUCUGGUGACUCUAUGCCUCCUCCUGGGGGAUUCAUGGGGCCCGGGCAACUUGGGGCCGCUCAGGGGCAGCAGGCCGGCGCGUACUGA